GCCGAGGCACAUGUGUUUUUCCAACUGAAUUUGAAAAAUUAUAAAUUAUUCCUUCGAAAGCUCCUUUUGCGCAUAUCUCUAUUCACUUCACCGUUCGAUCGCAAUCGUGCUUCGGUAGCCUUGGGUCGGGAGGAGCUCACCACCAUCGGAUUGAGCAUCGUCAAACGCCUUACGUGAUACCAACCACCACAGCCAACAUCAAACCAACAAUCAUGGAGGACCGCCGCCCUCUCACGGCGAUCAGCUCGAAAGAGGACUACGGGAGCGGCGCAAGGGCGGAUACCGACGUCGAAUCGGCGUCGUCGGGAUCCUAUUCCGCCGCCGCCUCUCCGUAUUGGACGGGGCCAGCCCAAAGCGCGGCAAAGAGGGGCAAGUCAGAAGGAUUUUCUCCGCUGGUGGCCUUUUGCUUCACGAUCAACUAUAUUCUGGGGGCCGGAUUUCUGACCAUUCCGUGGGCCUUUGUUCAGAGUGGGCUACUGUUGUCCUCCGUCAUGCUGCUCGUUUCGGCCGUCGGAUCGGACAUUGCCAAGAACUAGUACGUUCGCUUUUCUGUUGCCAUCACACUGCAACUCGUUGAGUUGAUUUUUGAGCAACCACACACACCAGCAGCAUUUUGUUUUUGCCGAUAUGAGUAUGGUGCUCGCGCUGGAAAAAAAUCUGUUUUGUAUUCUUCCGCUGACCUGUGUAUUUUGUAUGUUUUAUCUAAUGCUCUCUCCGGUAAAUGAUUGCCAUUAUGCUAGCAUGUUGGAAACAAUGUCCCGGGCGGAGGCCAUGCUGGACAACAAAAUGCACUGGAAAAAGCACGAAGCGAAAAGGGGAGGGGCCGACGACAGCACACCAAGGGUUCUGUUGCGGCCCCCUGCAAAGAUUGAACGAGAGCGCUUGCUCCAACAGCAAUCACCAAAACCAACCCAUACACAAAAACAAAGUGGUGACAAAGAAGUACCGGUCCACAAAUCUUUGUCGUUUCAAUCCUUGCAGGAUGCCUUUUCCAAGGCGAAGCUUACGCCGGGACAGGAGAAUCGCCAUAGGCACGUCGUCGUACUCAAGCCCAAAAAGUACAUUGUCAAGGAUCGAAAGUUCGAGGCAAACGCUCUCUGCCGCGUGUUUUUGGGGAAGCGCGGAUUGCAUGCGUUCACCUUCGUGCUCUCCCUUUACAUGCUGGGAACCUUGUGGGCCUAUACGAGCGUCUUCUCGUCGGCCGUGGCACGGGCAUUUCCCGUUUUUUCUUCGGGAACCAGCGACGAUCCACACCAACUCAUCGGUGUUUUCGGUCUGAUAGUGACAACAACGGCUUCGGCCGAAUCUCUGAAUUACUUGUGUUUUGCCAUACUUUUCGGCUGCAUUGUUGUUCCGCUAUCUUGUCUGGAGCUGGACGAGCAGGUUCCGUUGCAGGUUUUUUUGACGGGAUGCCGAUUCCUCAUGUUUUUCCUAAUGAUCGGGACAUCCGGAAUGUGUGCGGAGGACGUAUCGGCAAUAAGGGCACAUUCGGGGGCAAUGACUGACGAAAGCAGUGAUACCAGCAACGAGGUCGACAGCGUCCGAUGGGCUGGCAUUGCCAACACGCUUCCUAUAUUGAUCUUUGCCAACAUAUUUCAUCACUCCAUUCCGGGAUUGGCCCAUCCCGCCGCCGACAAGCGUUCGAUUGGCCACGUGUUUACCGCCACAAACGUGUUCACGGUGACGGCUUAUCUCGUGUUGGGAUUGUCCCUGGGCUCGGCCUUUGGAAAGGGGAUCGAGCAGUCCUCCAAUCUCAACUGGAGCUACUUCCAUGCCAACACAGGACACCUUGAUGACCAGGGCAACGUUGUUGGUGCCGCAUGGUGGACCCGUGCCGUGUCGAUGUACAUUAUGCUGUUCCCGGCCAUCGACGUGGUCAGUGCCUACCCUCUGAACGCCAUCACUCUCGGAAACAACCUGCUGGGUGCCGUCUACGGCAAGCGCAUACACGAGGUAGAAGGCCAGCGGUGGCUCCGAACGGGGUUUCGGUGUUUGGCCAGCAUUCCGCCCAUACUGUUUGGUAUUUUGGUGCGAAACCUUGGCGUCAUUACCGAUUACACGGGAACCACCGGAUUCCUGAUUGGCAUUUCCUUCCCCGCAAUUCUUUACGUAUCCAGCCGAAGGAUCGCGGAGCGCCGGCAGUUUGCUGCCGACACCUUUUACAGCGGCUACGGCUCUAGCAUUUCGAUCGCCAGGUUUCAGUUUUGGAUCGGAAUUUUCAUGGUGGUGUUUGUGUUUGCGACCCUGACGCUGCGAGAAAUAAGCGAAAACAAAGAAUAAUAGUAAUAACAGAACCCGCCAUCAACAACAAACCAACUGGAGCUUAAAUGCAUAGAACAUAGCGCCUGAAUAGAACGAGUAGCAGAAUAAACCUAUGAAAGACUU